GAGGCAACUUAAAAACAGACAAGUCGUGCUAUUAUAUCGGCAAUGCAAGACGGACUCUUGUUAUAAACAGCACGAGAGCGGCUCUAGUUACUUCGAGAAACACCUAUCAAGUUUAAACUACGCAGUGCUAAAUUGAGGAAGAUCUUAAGAUAUAACAUAGAUAACCAGCGAGCUUAUAGCGCAUUUCAACACAGCGAAACACAAAGGCUGGCAUUUUGAAACUGGGAUAUACUUUGUGUCAAUAUAUAUUGGCGACUUUGUAUCACAAUGCUGUCUGCACGAGUGAAGUUAGUGCUGGUGUAUUGGUUGACUACAGCACUGUCUAGUUGGGAUAAUAUCGUAGAAUGUAAAGCAGUAGGGGAAGCAAAUAAAAACUCUGGAGUGGUAUGUAUGAAAUUUUCUACAUGAUUCAACACGAUGCUUAUCAGCAUGGCAUAGCACAUGUAAUAUUCUAGUUAUCAUUUAGUAUUUCGCCUUAUAUAGAGCGAUUUCUAAUACAUUUCUGGUGUUUCCAUGUGUUACAUACGAUUUUACACAAUUAUGAAAUAGUUUAGAGCAAUUUUAGUCUUCAGUAAGACACGAUAGAGCUACAUUCCAACUACACAUAAUUAUUAUUUAACAACACGUCAAGAACAUAUUUUAUGACUAUUUAACGAGUCCAUGAACAAUAAACUUUGUACAGUUUCCCAAGCUUUUCAAUAAAUUCAAAGAGUAUUUGCAAAUGUUCCAUUUUGUAUCGAAUAAUGAAUGCUAUAGAGCUUGCCAAUGAAACAUAUAUAACCAAAUUUAUGCCGAAGGAGAAGUAUGAAGGGUCAUGAAUUGACACUCGACAGACAGGCUGUCUAUUUUCGCAUAAAUACAGAACCACAAUUUUACAACAAUAUGUUGUGUCCUGUUGUAUUUAUACAACAUUGCUAUAAACAUAAAAAAGCGCGAUUUUGUAAUUGUGUAAUAUUUUCACAGAGGAAGUAAGAUUAAUAAUCGUAUAUUACAGUAUUAAAACUGUAGUAUUAAAAUUACAUUCAGGCGAUCAGUCUGCAUGUACAAAAUAAGUUGUCAUUUGUCGCGAAUUUCCAACAAAAUUUUAGUAUUUUAUGGCAGAGGCACAGGAAAUUGCAGUAAAUCGGAAACAUCAGACGAAAGGUUAAAAUCUAGACAUCUUAUCCAUGUACUCUUUCAAAGACUAAAGAUAUUAUAAUACGCGAUAAAUUUUAUCAUUAGAAAUUCAAACUUCAAGAUAAUAAAAGUUAAAACAUUGUCAUUGUUCCCGUGGGCCGUGGCUAAUUCAUUUUUACAGUAACACUCGUGCCUCAAAAAGACUUUUUUCUUUGUAAUAACCGUCAUUAUGUCAUAUAUUAGGUGUAGAGGAAGUUUGGGAAAGCACAAAUAUAUUGAGUUAGUGUUAAUUUCGAUAUUACAGUAAAGCCUGGUUUCCAUUAAAUCGUAAUCAUCGCAAUAGUCGCGGAACGCAGACAUCGCUAUCGCAAAAAUCGCAGUAAAUCUAUCUUUGCGACUUUGUCGUAAGAGUCUUAGUUAUCGGUGUGAUUCAAGUUUCCAAUAAAUCGCAGUUUUUAUUAAAAUUUUCGCGUUUUUAAAAUUGUUGCGACGCUUGCGAUGCGGUUCUUGCGAUAAUUACGAUUUAAUGGAAACCAGGCUUAAAGUUCCUUUUGGCAUAAAUUAAUGUUGCAAAAUGCAUGGUCUACCAAAGUUCAAUAUUUUGAAAGAUGCUAGCAGCGUGAUUUGAGUUUGCACUGAAAUAUUAAAUAGUCUCAAGUCUCAACCAGUUUUGAGUUGAGUAGUGUUAAUUUUUAAUACGAACGAAUGGUUUAAAUCUUUCAUCGUUUUGUCGUGUUACAAGAUCACUAAACUCUAAAGCGAAACGAGUUUAGGUAAUUAGGAACUAUAUUUACACUCUUUCUACGAACUAGGGAAGGGAAAACAUACUGUAUUUACUCGUUAAAAACGUAACAACAUAUUGCUUGAUAUUAAUAUACAGUAUUUAUCUUCACACUGGGGUGUUAUUUGAAAUUAUUUCCCCAGACAAUAGGUCGAUAAUUUAGCCAUAGUUUCCGGAACAGACAUGCGAUAUAUUGCACGCAGAAUUUUAUGUUACCUAUCAUUUUCUCCUCAAGUAUUCUCUACCUAAUAGGAGUAAUAGCAACUCAUUCUAGCUACAAUACUGUGUGUUUCAACAAAUAGUUUUCUUCAAACAAUUUUCGGUUGAUAUUUGCGACAGUUCAAACAAGCACCCAGCAGCGUUCUGACGUGAUAUAAACAUUGUUUUCGUUGAAAGUGAUCUUGGCAAUUAAAUUGGCAACUCUGGUAGACUUUCAGUUUUUGCGUGGUAACGAAAGCUGGUGCAUAUAGCCAAAUAUGGUUUAGUAUAUAACUAUAUAUAAGAUGUUGAUGUAAUCAUUUUGGCAAAUGAAAUCUCCACUUCUCUUAGUAUCUGAAUGUUCAAUUUGCAUUAGCAAUGCAUUAUAUGUGUUCUAAACGUCAAUGAAACACAAUAAAGUUUAAUUGAUAGAAAUGUUCUAAAGAGCGACCGAAAUAGUGAAUAUUGAUGCCCUCUGUUCAUGGAAGCCAAGCAUUAAACACGGAGUCAGCUCUCUCAAACAUUUCUUACAAAUCCUUCAAAACUUAGAAUUUUAAUACCUAUGCAAAAUUCCUACUGUGAUCACGGAAAGUUUGAUAAUGUAAACCAGCCUUAAUGGUGUAUAUAGUGUAUCAAUGUAGCAUGUCAAGCAGGACUUAACUUUGCCUAUUUAGGACUUUAUUUGUCCAGUUGUCCGAGCCUUCAUUCUUCAAUUGUUCUUGUAAAAUUAACAAAAAAAUUAUUUGUCCAGUAACAUGAUAUACAUUAAUCCAUCUAAUUCAUCAUUUAACACAUUACGCCUCGUGCUGUAUUUCUAGGUAUUGUUGCAGUGUGGUUGCAGUGUUACUUUAUAAGGUGAUAAAACACUUGAGAUGACUGUGACUUGAACUUAUCUCUGACCUUAACGACAGCCCCGUGCCGUGGUUUGAGGGGUAAAAAUAAUAGUGUUGAAUUAAAACUGGAUUCAGCGCCAGAUGUGCUGUGUAUUGUGCCAUGUUUUGAUCCAUUGUAGAUUAGUGGCGCUUUAGUCUGUUGAGCGAUAAAAGAUGUAUGGUAGUUUUAUGUGCGUUUUAUUUUCUAACUUGUACAGUAUUGUCUAUGGACUGAUAAAAAUUGUAUAGAAAAUUAUUGUCUAUUCACUGAUAAAAAUUGUAUGUAGAAAAUUAUUGUCUAAAUAAAAAUGGAUGGCUAUUUUUUAUUAUCGGGGAAAUUGACAAAAUCUGAUAAACAACUUUUUGGCCCAAAAGUCAUGGAACCCCAACAAUAUUUAAAAUCCUACUAAAAAUCUGAGAUGAUGAUUGCAUUGACCAAUAUUAAGAAUGUAUAGUUACCUUUUCUUGUCGUUAGACCCUUCAGUCAAGUUCUUGGAAACUAUGCCUACACUAAUAUUGAUAUCUCUAACCUGGGGGUCCAGUGUGGGUAGUAUUCUGCAAUAUUAAACCUGGCAUAAGUAUCUCAUAUGUAAGGGUUAAGUGUAGGUAGUAUUCUGCAAUAUUAAGCUGUUGUGGCUUGUGCAUAUCUGAAGUUCUAAAAAUAUCUCAAAGGUGGGGGGUCCAGAGCAGUGUAGGUAGUAUUCUGCAAUUCAGACACAGCCAUGGCAACUUAUACUGGAUUGCAUGCUGGUCAUAUUUUACUACAUAUUUUAAUAUCUUGAGCAUGAAUGCUUUCUAUAUAGUUAACUGGCUGCAGUAUAAUCAUGAACCUAAUCUAUGUUGGGCACUAUAUAUAACCGCAGCAAACAUUUCAAACAUUUUCAAGCUUGGGAGUAACCAAAAAAUCAAUUCUUCCGUUGUGGUUGAAAUUGGGUGGAUACUCGCGCGAAACUCUCCGAAUUCCGGACGAAUAUUCCCGAACAGCUUUCGAGUUCCGAGCGGAUACUCCCGAGCAACUUCUGAGCUUCCGGCGAACGCGAGCAGCGAAACGUAGAGUGUCUCAACAAAAUUUCUUUGUUGUUAAAAUUAAGAUAAGAUCUUUGAACAUGUGCGUUUGAAGAACGCUCACUUAUGUUAAUAAUUAAGCACUUUGCUUGACAACUGUGAUAUUGGUUUUGUAUAAACAAUUGAUGAAAAAUAGUUGGCAAACGGCAUUUUAAAUUAUUGGUUAGCCUUGUAACUACACAUUUCCAGAGGGAAUUGGGGGGCAUGUAAAAUUUUACUCUAAUAUUAAUUGACUCUAAUUCCGUACUGUUACAUCCAAAUUACGUCACAAGUUUUAAAGUUAGGACUCAGGAUUAGAAUUGCAAGGAAAAAUUACGGAUAGAUAUUACUACUAAAGUUAGCAAAGGUUUAAGACUCUCAUAAUAAAUUUCCAAAGACCGCAGUUCCAACCUUUGACUUUAAUAAGCAUAGACAAACAAGUUUAAAUAAAUUAAUUUCCUUGCUCGGGUAACACCCUGCCUUGAUUAACAUCGACUUCAGGAAAGGCUAAAUGGGAAAAAUCCUAUUACUGAAUUAGAUUUUUCCAAAUCGGAUAACGAAAUUUUAGUAGGAUAUCUCGCGAGUUAUUGGAAGAAACGUCGAGGUUUCGGGUGGGAACAAACCGAAGACAGUUUAUAUACAUGUAAGGAUAAAGCCUGGUUUUCAUUCGGUUGUGGCAAUUACGACCAUAUCAGAAUGGUCGAUGUUAUCUCUGCACUCAGAUAAUCUGAUUUGCACAGAGCCCACAAAAGACAAGAUAGAUCCAGACUACUUCACAUCAUCGAAAAUAGCGAGUUUGGCAACCAACAAUGGCGACGGCAGAAAACAAAAUUACUUAUACUUUUGUAUUUGAGCUAAAAGAUACAUUAUUAAACUUUUAAAAGCACUUGUCUUUCUUUUAAACAACCCUGAAAUUCCUUGUAGCAAUAGUAAGUGAAUUCACAUAAACACUCCAAACGACUUGAACGUUUUACUCAGUUGGCGUGAACUUUUAGGCGCGAAAAUGAUGUAAAGUAGCAGUUUGAACAACUAUACGGCGUACUGGAAUGCUUAAAGGAUGAAAAUUAAAGUCGUCUUUGUCUUAGAUUUUAAGAUGCUAUUGUUGAUGAGCAUGUUCUCGUUGCCGUUGUAUUUGCCAAACUCGCUAAUGACUUGGCCACGACAGCCGUGACACAGAAUAAAGACAUACAGAAGUGUAUCUUCUUAUUAAAAGUGCGUAAGCGAUUUUUUCAGUCCGCCAUGUUCUUAGCAAGUGCCCUAAAGAGAGGCAGUCACCCCCUGAAAACAUAUUGAAAAUCUAAUAUUCCAGGGGGGUGAAUGCCUCUCUUUAGGGCACUUGCUAAGAACAUGGCCGCCAGCUAUUUCGGUAAAAAAGCGCCUUACGGUUUUGUAAUGGAAGUUACACUUCUGUAUGUCUUUAUUCUGUGGCCGUGAUCAAAAGAAGGUUUCAGGGCACAGUGAGUUUAACAUCGGCCUAAACCUGAUCUGAGACCUCGAUGACAAAACGUCAUAUAAACUAACAUCGGUCUAAAGCAGAUUUGGGUCAACAAACUCAUUACGUUCUUGAUCAAUCCUCUUUAUCUUGCAGGAAUACUUAAAGCAAUUUGGUUAUAUAUCAGAAUCAAAGAGUGGGCAAGCAGCGGCAGCCCAAGACAUUUCCCACAGUCUGAAAGCUUUUCAAAAAUUUGCUGGCCUCAAUGUUACAGGAAAGUUUGAUGAGGAAACUGUAGAGAAGAUGAAAGCACCGAGAUGUGGCGAUAAAGAUCCGAUAAAAUAUAGAAAAAGAAGAUAUGUCUUGGAAGGAAGCAAAUGGAAAAAGAAGGUAAUAAGCACUUUUCGAAAAGACCUUAGUAGCUAUUUUACUUUGUCUGCAGGUAAGCAGUAUGGUGCAGUAGAUGGAUGAUGGUCCAUCCAGCAGUUAUCAAAGUGUGAACACAAUGCUACUUCUUCUUCAUCUUCAUAUUUGGCAGAAAAUUAGGAAUGGACCCCAGAACGAAAAUCUUCAUGCUCAAAUUAGUCUAUAAAGGAAAAUUGCACGUUGUUUGGACAUUCAGGACGCGAUUUGUGGCCUUUUGAAAAUUUUGUUUUUCCGAUACAAUUUUAUACAUUUUUAUAAGACGUAAUUUAUUCGAACCUGCGUUUCCGGUGCAGGUCAGGUACUACACCUAACUGUUCACACUCGAAAUUUCCAUCUACCAAACCCUUCUACAAUGGACAAUCCCAGCUAUAGACUAAAUUUUGAUCUAGGCAAGAAGAGCAAAAUCCAUCACCACAGCUAGAAAGAGCAUGUUAAAAUUAGUAAAAUUGCAAAGUUUGGUGGCGAAAUGUUGUAAAAUAAGGAAAAUAGAGCCCUGUGAAGUUCGCAAUUUUUGUAUUGAUUUGCAUUACGCGCGUGAAAAAAAUAACCACUUUCGGCUCAAAAAUGGUUAUUUUUAUACCGCGCGUAAUGCAAAUCAAUGCAAAAUUUGCGAACUUCACAAAGCUAUAUUUUCCUCAUUUCACAACAUUUCGCAACCAAACUUUGCAAUUUUACUAAUUUUAACAUGCUCUUUCUAGCUGUGCACUGUCAAUUUCAGGGAGUUAAUUUAACUCCAGUGGUAUUAUCCUGAACCUAAUUUUACUCCACAUUUGGAGUUAAUUGAGGUACAGUAUAACUCCACCGGAGUUAAAUUAACUCCCCGAAAUUAACAGUGUGGUGAUGGAUUUUGUUCUUCUUGCCGAGAUCAAAAUUUAGUCCAUAGCUGGAAUUGCCUAUUAGUUAUACGAUGUAAAUGCGAUGCAUUUUCUUUUGCAGGAUCUGACCUAUCGUAUUGUCAACGACCCUUACAGUGGCCCUACAGACAGACACGUCAUGACUCCAGAACUCAUAUCAAAAACAAUCAAAGCGGCGCUCCAGAAAUGGUCGUUUGCUGCAGACCUCACAUUUACAGAACUGAAGGAAGGCGAAGCUGACAUCAUGAUUAAAUUCACGUCUGGUGAUCACGGUGAUAAAUACAAGUUUGAUGGUCGAGGCAAAGCUCUCGCUCAUGCUUUUUACCCUAACCAAAAUACAGGUAGGUUUUUCUCACAUCUCAACUAUAUUGCAUACAAUUUUUGGCACAAAUAAAAGCGAAGUAUUUUGAAGAAAUGAGGCAUUUUGAGGGCAAAGGAACUCAGCAUAUUUUACAAACGCAAAACACAAGAAAUCGAUACAGAAUUCAAGAUAGUCUAACUUAAAUAGGGAUUGCCAAUUGAUUGAUUCUUGGCUCGCUUCAAGAAAUCAAGUUCGGAUCACUUUGCAAGAACAUUUUGUUUUGUGUAUUUUGCAGUAGACGACACCAAAGAAUGCUUAUUUAACUCAUAGUUAAACUUAUUUGAGGGAUUAAACUCUGCCAAAAUAUCAUGGCCUUUGAACCUUGGUUUAUUACCCUAUAUAUCUUGCAACAAUGAUCUUUAAUGUCAUUCACAUGAUCUUGAUGAAAAGACACGAUGUGCGUGCGUGCAUGUGCAGCGUAACAUAUUAGUUACAUAUUGCAAACAUUGGGAGUUUUUAGUAAUCUAAUAUCAUUGCAGGUUACGCAGGCGACGCCCAUUUUGAUCUGGACGAGAAAUUCUCGCUCACAGAGGACGAUUCAACCAACUUUAUUUGGGUGACAACACACGAGUUUGGUCACAGUCUGGGACUGAAACACACUCCUAAGGCUGGCGCAAUCAUGUACCCAUGGUACACCACGGGUGAGAUGGGAAAUGUGAAGCUGAGUAAGGAUGAUAAGAAUGGCAUACAGGAUCUUUAUGGUAGGUCCAUGCUUUAACCAAUUCCAAUUUCAACACUAAUCGUAAAUCCUAAUCCCAAUUCAAACUUUAACUGAGAAAACUCAGGCCUUUGGGAAAACUCGGGUCUUUGGAAAAACAGUCCGUCGUAAGUCUAUAGUGUUACUGUUGAAGGAGGAAAUCGGAACCGGAAUACUAAGAAAACUUGGUAGGGCUAAACUAAAAGCAUUUCUCUCACAUGUUAUGGAGGAAAUGUUACAAUUUUUAACAAUAAUUUUUCAACCAUGAAAUGUUGGUAGUUAUAAAUUAGCUAUAUUUGCAUGAAAUUUAAGGCAAAGUUUAAAGAACCAAGAUUUUCAGCUACAGAAGGUGGUCAUAAGUUGGCAACCUCAAUUCGUCCCCCCAAUAUUUCGCGACGUUUCCGCCACUGACUAGCAUAGAAGUACCCAUCAGAGACUAGCCCAGACAGAUGACUAAUUACAAAGUUUGAUAAUUAGUGAGGUGCAAAAUACCAUCUACAGACAGAAGCAAUAUAUAUAACAAUUAGGAAACAACAAAAUAACAUCGAACAGAGAUUGUAAUAUGCCCUGUACAAAAAAUAUCCAAUGUUUGGUAAAAACCAUUCUUAAUAUUUUACAGGUAAGCCAACAGGAAGAAACAAGGAAAAGCCAAUUAUUUUGCCAGUCCCUCCAAGAAAGGAAUGCAAAUAUUCAUUCAAUGUUUUAUUCCAUGACAAACGCAACAAGAAUGUUUACGCAUUCAGGAAACACGACUUCUAUGUCUUAAGUCGAAGUCUAGAAGAAUCAUCCAAGGGACCCAUAAAUGUAGACAAACGUUGGAGAGACUUAACGACGCGAGUGAGAGCAGCAUACACGAGGGACGAUGGUUAUACGAUAUUCUUCACAAGGCAUAGGUACGUUAUUAUCAUGUCAAGAGGUUUUGGUUACACACAUAUAAAAACGCACAAGUUGUAACAAACCUGCAGCAGACUUGUCAAAUUGUUCCAACAACUUGUUAUCGUCCUGUAAUUCAACAACUUGUCAACAUGUUGUAAGUGGCAAGCUCGUAGCAACUUGAUAAAAUAACAGCAUUGUUACAACUUAUUGACAAGCUUGCUACAAGCUUGUUGUGAACACAUCUUGUUGACAAGUUGUGAGAUUUUUACGUGUGUAAGGGAAAGUCUUGUACAUUAGUGUAUAAAACAAGGCUACAACCCUCUAAUAACACUUAAUUCUUCCUAGAUAUUACAAAUACUAUGGCAAAAGGCUUGUUGAAGGCCCAAACUAUAUCGAAGACUACGGCCUCCGUGCGGAGUUGCGUGAUAUGGACGCGGUACUCACGUUUCCUGGCAACGGAGAAACAUAUUUCUUUAAACAAGACAAAUAUUGGAAAUACGACCAGCAAAAUAAAGUAUUAGUACCGGGUUAUCCAAAACUCAUAAAACUAUUUUGGCGGGGUGUGCCUGAUAACAUAGACGCUGCUUUACAAACUCCAGAAGGCGAAACGUACUUUUUCAAAGGGCGGCAUUACUAUAAGUUUAAUCACUUCGCAUUUAGUGUAUAUCCUGGCUAUCCCAAGCUUAUUGGACCGGACUGGUUAGGUUGCACAAUCCGGGACUCUGGUGGACGUGACGUGACAUUAUCAGACGGCGGGAAAAGCGCCGCGCUAGGCCUAAGGCAAUCAUAUAUUGCAAUCUUUGUUGCUGUUAUAACAUGGAUUGUUGUUCUUUAAGUUAUUGUUGAAGUUCAGAACUUCGUGUAUAGAUGUGUAAAUUUUAAUUGCUGUUAACUUAAAUUGAGUUAGAACGCUUUACUGCACAAUAGAAUGUAUAGUUGAAAGACUUUGAUUUUGCUGGAAAACUGAGAUUUUUUAUAGACUUCAAGUUGUUACAGAUCAUAGCCGGACUGAAGGCUGCAUGUUUCAUACGUAUAUAUAUAUAUAGAUAGAUAGAUAGAUGAUUUAAUACUUAAACUCACAGCCUUGGUAAUAACCUUCGGCUGAAUAACGUCCUUUGGCUGAAUAACUAUAUAUAGUACAACCUCCAGACAUGCCGGCGUCCUACACCCAGGGGCGCCGAGAUCUUUUUUCAGGGGCCCCGAUUUCAAAAAAUUUUCCGG